AUGCGCAUUCUACGGCAGCAACUACGAAAACAAAUACGGGCCGGAGUGUCGCGUAGGCGUGAAUUUCGAGAUCGAAAGGCCGUGUUUGGAGAUCGGUAUCGACCCGGGAAAUCACCAAAAAUCGAGCCGAAGAAGCACUUUUACCCCAGUGUUCAUAUUUUUAUUCUCGACGCGGCGGGACGGUUUCCGGCUUUUAGGCAACUCAACCAAACGAUCAGCUACAUGAAAAACGAGAUGCAAGCCGUGGAUUUUACGGCAUUUGCCAGAGGAGGGCCGAAUAGUCGCUCGAAUGUGUUUGGGUCAUUCAUGGGCGACUGGGAAUACGAGAUUGAUCGAUCGAUGUAUGGAGGUUCAACGCUGCCGAUUACAAUCACUGACGAUCUAUGCGCGAAAGGGCUGGAUGAACGCCCGUAUAUACAGUAUGAAUAUGAGGAUGCCGGCUACCGUACGAUGUUUGCACAGGACUAUUUCCUGGUGCUAUGGGGCUACGUGGAAUGCGCGGGAAUUGCCGCCCAGCUGGCCACGCAUUACAUGAGGCCCUUCCAACUGCUAACAAUCAAAGAAUGGGACGUCUGGAAUCCGGAGCCACUCGAAAAAGUCGGGUACCAAUACCGGGACGAUGCUCUGCUGUCAGCCCACCUCAGGAAUUGGUCACAAUGCGGUUCAAACUUUCAGCAUGUCGUCGAUUACACAUCGAAAUUUAUGAAGUCUUAUCCGGACCAACCAAAAAUGUCGAUCAGCUGGACGGCCGAGGCGCACGACUCGGAGACGGGGCACCGCAAUUCGGAUAAGUACUACCUGGAGAUGCUGAGAACCAAUAAGAAACAACUCGACGACGCGAUCUUGAUCGUGAUGGGUGACCACGGGCAGCGAUUUGGACCGGUAGCCAGCACCGACCAGGGAAAAUUCGAGAUGAACAACCCGCUGCUCCUCAUUUCAUUGCCUAAGCGAUUGAGGGACUCAAAAGUGGCGAAAAUGCUACAGAAAAACAAGGACGAGCUGAUGAGCCACCAUGAUUUGCAUGCCACAUUCAUUGACAUUAUUAGGCACCAAGCCCCGGCCGAUUUUGGAGAAACCGAUUUCCGGAAAAUUGAAGGGAGCAUCGGAAAUUCUCUACUACGUGAACUCGACCCAAAUUCCCCAAGGUCCUGCAAAUACCAGCCGAUUCCGUCGCAGUACUGCAUUUGUGACUACGGCCAGUACGAAGCGUUGAAUCGAAAUGACACGAUGUGGACGGUGUUGCCGAAAAUGAUCGAAAACGACGCGGCCGAAUAUUUGAAUCAGCAUGAGCUCGUUGAGUUGUGUGACGAGAUUACGGUAGCAAAUGUCACAUCAAUCUCAACCCGUAAUAACGGCGGUAACGCCACCUAUUAUAAUGUGGAAUUUUUCACGACAAAUGCUGCUCAAUUUCAGGUGUCCUACACCUCAACAGACGGGAAUAUCCAAAUGGCGCCGGUUGACUUUAUGAGAUUAAACAAAUAUGGCAGCGCAGCAUCUUGCCUUCCCUCCCGCUUGGCCAUGUACAAACCCGUGUGCUACUGUCGGAAGCAG